CUCACUUUGAUCGGGCGUCUGGAGGGAUACGUUGCGGUUACGUCGUGAUAUCCGCACCAAUCGGCGGAUUUUCUGCGUUAAAUCGGCCAGUUAAGAAUGGCUGCUUAAUUCAGUUGGGAGAUAGCUGAAGUGUGUUGAAAAGGUUCAACAGCCGCCAAGAUGUAUCUGUAUAAUUUAACGCUUCAGCGUGCCACGGGCAUAACACAUGCCGUCCAUGGAAAUUUCUCUGGUAGCAAGAUGCAGGAAAUCCUCGUGUCGCGUGGGAAGUCAUUAGAGCUUCUACGACCAGAUCCAAAUACAGGAAAAGUUCAUACCCUUCUAGCCGUCGAAGUAUUUGGAAUAGUAAGAUCCCUGAUGGCCUUUAGGCUCACAGGUGGAACGAAAGAUUACAUCGUCGUAGGAUCAGACUCGGGCCGUAUUGUGAUAUUGGAAUAUAUUCCUGCUAAAAACAUGUUUGAGAAGGUUCACCAGGAAACCUUUGGAAAAAGUGGAUGCAGAAGAAUCGUACCUGGCCAAUAUCUAGCAAUUGAUCCCAAGGGUCGUGCAGUCAUGAUUGGUGCCAUUGAGAAGCAGAAACUUGUAUAUAUUUUAAACAGAGAUCCCGAGGCUCGACUUACAAUCUCUUCACCUUUGGAAGCUCAUAAGAGCAAUACUUUAGUGUAUCAUACAGUCGGUGUUGAUGUCGGUUUUGAGAAUCCAAUGUUUGCAUGCCUUGAGAUCGAUUACGAGGAAGCUGACGGUGAUCCAACUGGCGAUGCAGCAGUUAGAACGCAGCAAACACUUACUCUUUAUGAACUUGACCUGGGUCUCAACCAUGUAGUAAGGAAGUACAGUGAACCUUUGGAAGAGCAUGCAAAUUUUUUGGUUUCGGUACCUGGAGGUAAUGAUGGACCUAGUGGCGUUUUGAUCUGUUCAGAGAAUUACUUGACAUACAAGAACUUAGGAGAUCAGCACGACAUCCGCUGUCCUAUCCCUAGGCGAAGAAAUGAUCUCGAUGAUCCAGAGCGUGGAAUGAUAUUCGUAUGCUCUGCUACUCAUAAGACUAAAAGUAUGUUCUUCUUCCUGGCACAAACUGAGCAAGGGGACAUUUUUAAGAUUACUCUAGAGACCGACGAAGAUAUGGUCACUGAAAUCAAAUUGAAGUACUUUGAUACAGUACCAGUAGCUACCAGCAUGUGCGUAUUGAAAACUGGCUUCUUGUUCGUCGCCUCUGAGUUUGGAAACCAUUAUCUGUACCAAAUUGCUCAUCUUGGUGAUGACGACGACGAACCAGAGUUUAGCUCAGCUAUGCCACUGGAGGAAGGCGAUACGUUCUUCUUUGCCCCAAGACCGCUAAGAAAUUUGGUGCUAGUCGAUGAAAUGGACAGUUUAUCACCUAUUAUGACUUGUCAGGUUGCUGACUUGGCAAAUGAAGAUACACCGCAACUUUACAUGACUUGUGGUAGGGGUCCUAGGUCUACGCUGCGAGUUCUACGACAUGGUUUAGAAGUCUCUGAAAUGGCCGUCAGUGAACUCCCUGGCAACCCGAAUGCUGUGUGGACUGUCAAACGAAGAGUGGAUGAGGAAUAUGAUGCGUACAUCAUAGUCUCCUUCAUCAAUGCCACUCUGGUGCUUAGUAUUGGUGAGACCGUCGAGGAGGUAACUGACUCUGGAUUCCUCGGUACGACACUGACAUUGAGCUGUUCUGCCCUCGGAGAAGAUGCUCUGGUUCAGGUCUAUCCUGACGGUAUACGUCAUAUUCGAGCCGACAAAAGAGUCAACGAAUGGAAGGCUCCUGGAAAGAAGACCAUUGUCAAGUGUGCCGUCAACCAGCGACAGGUUGUGAUAGCACUAACUGGAGGCGAACUGGUCUACUUUGAGAUGGACCCUACCGGUCAACUAAAUGAAUACACCGAGAGGAAGAAGAUGCCUUCGGAGGUGAUGUGCAUGGCCCUUGGGAAUGUAGCUGUUGGAGAGCAGCGAUCUUGGUUCUUGGCUGUUGGUCUUCAAGACAAUACAGUCAGGAUUAUCUCGUUGGACCCUUCGGACUGUCUGGCACCGAGGAGCAUGCAGGCAUUACCAGCUGCUGCAGAGAGUCUCUGCAUCGUAGAAAUGGGUGCAAAGGAUUCUGACAACAACGAAGAUGCUGCACCGCAGCAGUCCAGCCUGUACCUGAAUAUUGGCCUGCAAAAUGGAGUUCUGCUGCGAACAGUAUUAGAUCCUAUCUCAGGAGACCUGGCCGACACCCGGACCAGAUACUUGGGGUCUCGACCGGUGAAACUAUUCAGGAUUAAAAUGCAAGGCAACCAAGCAGUGCUCGCGAUGUCGAGUCGGUCCUGGCUGAGCUACUACUACCAGAAUCGCUUCCACCUAACUCCGCUAUCUUAUGAAAGUUUGGAGUUCGCCUCGGGCUUCAGCUCGGAGCAGUGUCCCGAAGGCAUCGUGGCCAUCUCCACGAAUGCCUUGAGGAUUCUGGCCCUCGAGAAAUUGGGAGCCGUCUUCAAUCAAGUCAGCUUCCCCUUGGAGUACACCCCGAGGAAAUUCGCCAUACACCCGGACUCGGCGCAUCUCGUCGUCAUCGAGACCGAGCACAACGCUUACACCGAAGAGACGAAGCAGCAGAGGCGCCUGCAGAUGGCAGAAGAAAUGCAGGAGGCUGCAGGAGCGGAAGAGGCUGCAGUAGCUAGGGAACUGGCUGAGGCUUUCCUUUCGGAGGAGCCCAACGAGGCAGUGUUCGGUGCACCUAGGGCUGGCCCUGGCUUGUGGGCUUCGCUGAUCAGGAUCAUCGGACCCACCACUGGCCAGACCUUGGAAGUGCAUCGACUAGAACAGAACUAUGCAGCUCUGUGUCUCAGUCUGGUGCGAUUUGCCAAUCAUGGCGACAGCCAAUUCCUCAUUGUCGGCGUGGCAAAGGAGUGUCAGCUUAAUCCGAGAGUUAGCAACGGCGGAUUUCUGUAUACGUACAGAGUCAACGGUGACUGCACAAGCAUCGAGCUCAUACACAAGACGGUACUCGAUGAGGUGCCUUUAGCGAUUUGUCCCUAUCAGGGUCGCGUUCUAGUAGGCGUGGGGAGGAUGUUGAGACUCUACGACAUGGGGAAGAAGAAAUUGCUGAGGAAAUGCGAGAAUAAGCACAUCCCAAAUGCCGUGGUGUCUAUAAACGCGGUUGGCCAGAGGAUUUAUGUAAGCGACGUCCAGGAAUCCGUUUAUGCUGUCCGAUACAAGAGACAGGAGAACCAGUUGAUCGUAUUCGCGGACGACACGCACCCCAGGUGGAUCACUACGACCUGUGUCCUGGACUACGACACGGUUGCCACCGCGGAUAAAUUUGGAAAUAUUGCUGUGAUAAGGCUAGCCAGUGGAAUUAACGACGACGUGGACGAGGAUCCAACUGGGAACAAGGCUCUUUGGGACCGAGGACUGCUCAACGGAGCCAGCCAAAAGGCUGACACCGUAGCCUGUUUCCACAUCGGAGAGACUGUGAUGUCCCUGCAGAAGGCUACGCUGAUACCUGGUGGCUCGGAGAGUCUUGUCUACACAACCCUGAGUGGAACCGUCGGAGUCCUGGUGCCAUUUACCAGCCACGAGGACCAUGAUUUCUUCCAGCACCUUGAGAUGCACAUGCGCUCGGAACAUCCUCCACUCUGUGGAAGGGAUCACCUUUCUUUCCGUUCUUACUAUUAUCCCGUGAAGAACGUCAUCGACGGUGACCUGUGCGAACAGUUCAACUCCAUCGAGCCGGCGAAGCAGAAGAGUAUAUCCGGAGACUUGGAGAGAACCCCUUCGGAGGUGUCCAAGAAGUUAGAAGAUAUCAGGACGCGUUAUGCAUUCUAAGGAGGCAUCGCUCGUAAUUGUUUAACGUUUCUAUGGGACCUCUGGAAUUUGUUCGAAGGGAAACGGAGGACCCGAGGAUCCACAAUGUUCACUGUUGUAAACUGCAGAACGAGGGAAACUCGCGCGCACUCGAUUGCGUCCUAUCAUCGUGUUUCAUGUUUUUUUUUUUUAAUUUUUCAUAGGAGCACAUUCGUGUCGUCAUUGUAAAUAGCAGGAUAUCAUGAUUAGCCUUAUACAAGACUUGUUUUCGCGUUCUGGGAGUUAUCCAAUUCUCUUGUAUUCCCCGGAGGUAUUAAUUUAUAUCCCCGAAAUUUGGAGUAAUUAAAUGUUAAGAUCAGUGAUGGAGGAUUAGGAUUUAAAUCAUCUUGCAACUUUAUUAUCACUGGACCACGGAUAACGCCGAUACUCUGGUAUUGAAAAGAACGUGAUAAAUAAUACGAAUAUUUCAUGAGAGAAAAAAACAUGUAGUAUAUAGUGUGUUCCGAUUACGUGUAAGUAGGUUUACGUUGUAUUUAUUGCUGCAAUUUUCCAGGCGAAUAAACCCUCGACUUUUCUAAA